GGUCUGAAAAUGAAGCAAAGGCAUGAUUAUGUUGGAUUCAAUGGUAGAUUCCAUUGCAAAUAGUCGUUAACUGCAACGUGCAUCUGAUUUUGUUGAGUUGGCAGCAUUUAACUGGUCAUUGACAACCAAAUCCACCAUAUCCAAAUACUUUUCCAAAACGCGCAAAAAGAAAAUUCGGAAUUUCACAUUUUGGCCCCAAAACAUUCAUAAAAUUCCCUUUUAACACCCUCUUCUUCCCACACCUCCAUAACCCUUGAUUCAAAGUUCCCCAAAUUGCUCCAUAGAAUUCUCAGACACUCUCUUGUAAAUUCCAAAUUUUAAUUACAUAUCCACACACAAUCUCGACAACACUCGUGCUAAAUUCAGCUUCAAUUUCUCAGUUCCGUCUUUGAAUUUCGAAACCCUUAAACAAUUCAAAAACGCCCAAAAUUUCUCGCCUUCAAUUUUCGAUUGAUUCGCCUUUGUUUUUCAAUUCCUCCGCCAUUGCCGUUUCUUGAAUUUAUUGAAACAAAAAAAAAUAAAAAAAAAAUGGAUGAAGUGAAAGAUAAAAUGAAGGGGCUGAUGAAAAAAGUCAACAACCCUUUCACAUCUUCUUUAUCCGGCAAAUUUAAAGGGCAAGGCCGAGUAUUGGGAUCUUCUUCUCCAUCGCAACCACCAUUGCCAUCUUCUUCUUCGUCGUCGUCUUCGUCUUCUUCGUCCAAUUCCAAACCCUCACCUCAGAAGCCAAUCGCUACUAUUUCCGAACGAAAACCCGAAACCAAAAAAAGGGCCGAAACCAUAACCGAAACCGAAACGCAGUCGAAGCCGAAUGCGAAUGCACAACCGAAAUCGGAAACUGGGUUCGACCCGUUCGACUCGCUGAUCACGUCCGGCAAGAGAAACCCGAAUGGGUAUUCUCUGCAAGUGUUCGAGUGUCCGGUUUGCGGUAGAGGGUUCACCUCGGAGGAGGAAGUUUCUAUCCAUGUCGAAUCUUGUUUGAGUAUCGAGAGUGGUAGUAAAGAAUCCGAUGGCAAUGUGAAUCAGUUGCAGACAUGUGUGAGUGCGUAUUUGUCUGAAAAGCCGAGCGAUGGUUCGAUGGAGGUGGUGAUUAGGGUUUUGAGGAAUAUGGUGAAAGAACCGGAGAAUUCUAAGUUUAGGAAGAUAAGAUUAGGGAAUCCGAAGAUAAAGGAGGCUAUAGGGGAUGUUGUGGGAGCGGUUGAUUUGCUCGAGUGUAUCGGGUUAGAGUUGAAAGAGGAAGGUGGUGAAAUGUGGCUCGUGAUGGAUGAUUUUUCCGAGGAGAGGCUUCGUUUGGUUAAAGAUGGUUUAUUGUUGCUUGAGCCGAAGAAGAAGAAGGUUGAGGAGUUGCCCUCGAUUUCUCCAGCUAAGUUGGAGGAGCCAAUUAAGCCGAAGGAAGUCGAUAGACAGAUUCAAGUGUUCUUCUCUGUCUCCGAGAGUGUAGCCGCGAAAAUCGAGGUGCCAGAUUCUUUCUACAACCUUUCAGCCGAAGAAUUGAAAAGGGAAUCAGAUGCAAGAAAAAAAAAGUUUGAAGAUUCUAAGCUUCUAAUUCCAAAGUCGUAUAGAGAAAAACAAGCAAAAGCUGCAAAAAAACGGUAUAAGAAAACUCUCAUUAGAAUACAGUUUCCCGAUGGAGUUGUGCUUCAAGCUAUCUUUUUACCGUCAGAAUUAACUGGCGCUCUAUACGAGUUUGUGAGCAAUGCAUUGAAAGAUCCGAGCUUAGAGUUCCAGCUAUUACAUCCGGUUUUAAUAAAGCGGCGAAUAAUCCCACAUUCUCCAGCACCAGGAGAAAAAGCUAUCACACUCGAAGAAGAGGAUUUAGUUCCUGCAGCGCUUAUUAAAUUCAGACCAAUCGAAACCGACGAUGUUGUCUUUACUGGUCUCUGUAAUGAACUCCUCGAAAUCAGUGAACCACUCGUUUCCACAUCAGCGGUUCCUCCAUCAUAAGUUUGUUCGUCCCAACCCUAAACUAUACCUUCGAUUGUGAGUUGAUAACAUCAAAUAUACAUUUUUUUUUAUAUUUAGAUUUAGUUUUAUGUUGGUUUGAAAUAGAGUCAACUUGUUCCGAAUAAUUCUAAAUUGUUGUAUGUACUGUCAUAUUUUAUUUUAUUUUUAAUUGAUAUUUACAAAUUUGUGAUUGAAUUUGAGUUUAUUAGCAGU